AUGAUGGGUUACAGCAAUGUGGCUUCAGUCGGCAACCGUUUCCGUGCCAUUCGCAAGCGCUACAAUUUGAACAAUAUUGAGGCCAAGUCUGGCUCUGGCGUACUCAAGAGUGCAGGUGCCAAUGGCGAUAAGGAUAAAGGCGCUGCAGGUGCUACCGAGGCCGGUGAUGGCGUCGCAGAGCUGUCUGGCUCCGACGUGCCUACUCCCGUCAAGCCCAAGGGCAGGAAAGUCGCUGCGCGUAAGGGAGCAAAGGCUACUACUUCGAAGCCCAUUCCUGCCACUGGUACGCUUAACUCGGAGACUAAGGGCCGCAAGCGCGGGGCUAAGUCGGCUGUUGUUGCGAAGGAGGAAGAGGAAGACGAUGAAGACAAACUCGUGGAAGACAAUACCCCGGAUGGUGGCAUGGAGUGUGCUACGGCGUGA